AUGCGCGCCUGUGCUCCUCUGCGGGAUCAGGGAGACGCGCUCAAGUCGCGGAGAGAAGCAACAGUGCAGCAGGCAACACAGCAGCAGCCGUGGACGUUAUACGCAGAGCCCGCUACAACUACUAACCAGUACUAAAGCAGCAGCCGGUGCGCGGUGAUCGCAGCGGAUCCAGUCGGACGGUUUAUUGCACGCCAGAGAGGAGUGAGAAAGUUUGGAGAAAUGCAGUCAGUGCACCGGAGCCUGAUGAGCCUGCUGUUUAUCUUCAGCACCCUGCAGGUUAACCAGCUGACUGAGGGCUGCUCGUGCGCUCUGACGCACCCGCAAGACGCCUUCUGCAACUCCGACAUAGUGAUUCGAGCUAAAGUGGUGGGCAAGAAGCUCCUGAGAGACGGACCAUUUGGAACCAUGCGCUACACUGUCAAACAGAUGAAGAUGUACAAAGGAUUUGAAAAAGUCCAGCAUGUGCAGCACAUUUACACAGAUGCCUCCGAGAGUUUGUGCGGUGUGAAGUUUGACAUCAACAAGUACCAGUACCUGAUAACAGGACGAGUCUACGAUGGCAAGGUUUACACGGGGCUGUGCAACAUGAACGAGCGGUGGGAGCGCCUCUCGUUGGCACAGAAGAAGGGCAUCAACCAUCGCUACCAGCUGGGCUGCAACUGCAGGAUUAAGCCCUGCCACUACCUGCCCUGCUUCGUGACCUCAAAGAACGAGUGCCUAUGGACGGAUAUGCUGUCCCACUUCGGCUAUCCCGGCUACCAGUCCAGGCACUACGCCUGCAUCCAGCAGAAGGAGGGCUACUGCAGCUGGUACCGAGGCAUGACCACCCGUGAUAAAACCACCAUCAACGCCACCGACCCCUGAACCCCAAAUGCCCUCCGACUGAAACCCACUGCCGCCUCCCAAACUCCGUCCCAUCCCUGAUCACGUUUAGAGUAUUACAGGACUCUUAAAGCUCACCUGCCUGGGUGACGUCCCCCUUUUAAAGGGGUAAUUAAGAAAAAAAGAGCAAAUCUAUUACAGUGCCUGUUUGUAGCACUUCUGAUAGAAAACAAUACCCUUUUUUUUUUGUUUUUUUGGUUUGUUUUGUACAGAUUGCCCUGUAGCUCUUUUUCCGCACACUACAAACACCAUCCUUUGCACCAGGAUGACAAGGGUGACAAAGACAGAAAGGGCCAAUAAGAAGAACUAGCGAGAGCAUCAGAAAAAUAUUUUGUACAGUAUCAGUAAGUAUCAUUAGCUUUAAUUAGCAGCCUGCAAUGUCAGGGUCAUUUGUACAAGGAGAAGUCUCAAAACUGAAAGCCAUGAGGUGUCAGAUGAAAUAUACCACCCACAAUGAUGCAAUGUACAUUUGAUAAGUAAAGCUAGCCCAUUAUUGCUACUGAACAGUGUUUGCUAUCAGCAAUACCGAACAUAGCCAAUAAUCAUUUCAAAACCAGUGCCAAUAUAUUAUGUUAAAGUUGCACCUCUAUUUUGGCUUCAAAAACCUUUUGGUAUUGUUUCACAGUGAAGUAUACAUCGAUUAUGUUCAGUUUUUACUGUAACACGUGUCUUCAUGAUGGUAGUAUCUCUGCUUCCUGUUUGUAACGCGACUGUUGCGCACUGGGUAAGAAAUGCUAAAAGUAACGCAGUGCCAACGCAGGGAGCGGCCCAUUUCUUGCAGAGAUGGUGAUAUUUUAUUUGUUGCUGUAUAUAACAUAAGCUACAGAAAUCAACUCAGCUGAAACCUCUCUAUUACAUUUAUUUAUGUUUAUUGGAUUGUACUACGUGGUAUAUGUGCAUAAAAGAAGAAAAAUAGGCCAAACAGCAUUGUGAACUCACUUCCGCAUAUUAAAUUAUCUAGAACGAAGCACCAGCACCUAUACAUUGAAUAUUAUGGUACUUUUUUUUUUUUUUUUAAUUUUGGCUUUAUUAUAGUCCCCCCUGCAGCUGGUACUCGUCACUAAUCCAAUAAAAUUAAAAGUAUAGGAGAGGUUUCAGAGAAUGACAUAUUUUGUAAGUGUAUAUUCAAUCUUUUGUAUUUAACUAUUUGAAAUGGACGUUAUAUAUAUAUAUAUAAAUGAAAGUAACAAUAUAUUGUCACUAAAUUCAUUCUUGUUCACCUGUUCCCAUCUAGGGUUUCUCUUAUUUUUACUUCCCUUCAUUCCAUUUCAUUAACAGACACAGAUUGGCCUCAUACAGAGGAAGAGCCCCUUCGUUAUUUAUGCUAAAAGAGCACCAAGUACACAAGCUGUUGCAGUGCCUACAGCGGAUAAUUAAUCCUCAUAAUGUCCUCCUGAUUGCCAUACACCUUUUGUCCUCUGGGGUCAAAAUGUCCCCACAUGGUUUGACUGUCUUUUUAACCCCAUAGGACAACAGAUGUCAUUGAAUUCAAUGAAGAACCCAUAAUUCCAUCAAAUUGUGUCAAAUUAAUUUUAAUCAUGAAGAGCAUAGUAUCGAACAACCCCUAUUAUUUUCAGAUCAUUUGAAGAAUUUCAGCAGUUGUUUAGCUUAGUUUAGCUUAGCGUACGAUAUGUUGGUGUAAUUUAGCUGCAAGCAGCAUACUGUAAACUAACUGAUAUGACAGUAACAUAUUAGAGCAGAAGUUUUAGUUUGUUUUGUAAAUUUCUUUCAAAUACUAAUGUGUUAGUUUGAUAUGCUGAUGUUGGACACGGCUAUGCUAGCUGUGUUAAACUAAGCUAACUAGCGACUUUAUUCUAGCGAAGUUAUUUAUGUCUUAGAGAAAAUGGUGACUAAUAUAUUUACGUCUCUUAAUUUAAUCACUUUAAUCCCUACAAAAAUCUGUAUUUAUUAUAAAAAUAGCAUUUUUGAACCAAGGUUAGCUGAUAACUGAUAAAUCAUAUUCAACAAAAACAAUACCAUUAUAAAACUACCCAAUUUAUUACUGUAGAGCAAGAAAAGCAAAAUUAACUUUCCUAACUUAACUGAACUUUUACAGUAUUGUUUGUCUGCAUAAUUUUUUUUAAAGCUAAAUGAAAUGCCAAAUGAGACGUAUUUAGCAAAACAUCUGCAUCUUCAUACAUAACGAUGAAGCCCUUCCUCCAGCUGUGGUAUUUCUGUGUCAUUAUUUCUGUGGUUCAUGUUUAUGUAAAUAUACUAUCUGCUUAACACAGAAAUCUUCAGUCAAAAAAAGAAAUCUCCAAUCAAGGAAGCUGUGUACAGUCUGUGUGUAAACCCUGAUUUCUGAAUUAUGUGGGUGGGGGGUAUUUCCUUGUAGGGGUUGUAGAAAUGUUUGACUUAAUUUCUGUGUUUUAUAUUUUUAUAAUAAAGACUUAAUGAAAAAUGGUC